AUGUCUUUAAGAGAAUCAAGGAAAUGGAUGUAUAACAAGAAUUUGCCCGGUUAUGGUGCCCUAAAUGAUGAAUUUAUUGCGGGUGUAACUGAAUUCAUUAAAUAUGCAAGUUCACAACCUGAGCAAAUGGAUGGGUCGUUAAUAAGGUGCCCAUGUAAGAAGUGUGAUAAUUUGAAAUUUUUUAGCCCGGAUGAAGUGAUGCUUUACCUUUGUCGCAAAGGAUUCACAGCCAAUUAUUUCAACUGGGCAUGUCAUGGAGAGAAAAUGUGGCAUGAAGAAGAACAAUUUGUGGUUAAUCAAUUGCCACAACAAACUAAUUGGUGGGAUCAAGGAUUUAGAAAUUUUGAAGACACAGGUUGUAGCUUUGCUGCACAUUCGGACUUUGAUGAUGAUGCUAGUAAUUAUUGUCAUGAAAAUCCAUCUGUACUGCAUGAUGAAGCUGGCCCAAGUAUACAAGAACCACGUGAAGAUGCAAAACCAUAUGUUGAUGAGGUAGUUCGUAGUCCUCAAUGUGAUGAUACAACAGAUUUGUGUGACAGUUUCAUUGGUUUGCUAAAAGAUGUUGAUAAACCUCUAUAUGAUGGAUGUGAAACUUAUACGCAGUUAUCUCUGGUUGCUAAAAUGCUAAGCAUGAAGUUUGAAUACAACCAAUCUGAGAAUCACUUUAAUGAGAAUGCUACAGUGUUUAAGAACUCACUGCCUCGUGAAAACACAUUGCCUGAGGAUAUUUUUAUGGUUAUAAAAGGUUACUACGUGACUUGGGUCUGCUUGUGGUAUAAGCAAAGGGAAGGGACACUUAAUAACCCUAUGCAUAAAAGGGUUGCAUAUGCUAUAUUGAGGUACUUGCCAUUAACUCCAAGGUUGCAUAGGUUAUAUGCUUCAAAGGUAACGACACCGCAUAUGACAUUUCAUGCUACUCAUGAAACAAAUCAAGGGGUCAUGUGUCAUCCUUCUGAUGCAGAGGCAUGGAAACAUUUUGAUAGAACUCAUCCCCUAUUUGCUUCAGAACCUCGUAACAUUCGGUUAGGCCUUUGUGCUGAUGGGUUUUCCCCUCACAGUCAAUAUGGGCAAGCUUAUUCAUGUUGGCUAGUCAUUACUACACCUUACAAUCUUCCUCCAGGGAUGUGCAUGAAGAACCCUUAUAUGUUUUUAUCUUUAAUCUGUCCGGGGCCUAAAAAUCCGAAGAAGAAUAUAGAUGUCUUUUUACAGCCCUUGAUUGAGGAGUUGAAGCAUUUGUGGGAGGUUGGUGUUGAAACUUAUGAUAUCAACUUAGGUAAAAAUUUUAACAUGAGAGCUGCACUUUUGUGGACCAUUAAUGAUUUUCCUUCUUAUGGAAUGCUUUCUGGAUAG